CCCAAACCCGCCCCCAAACACUUGAAUCGUACCUCUCUCUCUCUCUUUCUCUCGCUCAUUCCGGGGGAGUACAGCAAACCAAAGAUCUCAAUCUUGCCUAGCCCUCCUCCUCCUCCUCCUCUUUUUGUUAUACCAAAUUGGUCUUCUGAUCCUCCUUGGAGGAAGUCAAGGAGAAGAAAAGGUCGAACAAAAGCCGAUCGAUGUCGUUUCCUUGAUGGCUCUACAACUUGCCCCUUUUAAUAUUGGAAGUGUAGAGGCGGAGUAGUGGCUAGAUCAUUUGGAUUGCCGGCCCAAGACUGUGGAGCUGGGAUCUUGAAGGCCUGCGGUGUCUGGCGAAGCAGUGGGAAAUGAUGGCGACGAUGGAUCGGGUCUUCGACGGAGGAAAGCUUGUUCGUUAGAGAACUUCCCUUCUCGCUGAUUGUUAUUCCAAUGUAGCAUCACUAGUGUUGAAUCUUAGAAGCUAACUUGAUACUCAGUCCUUAAUCAACAUGCUUAUCUAGAUCUGUACUGGAAAAUAAAGUUGUGUCCAAAGAGUUACUUGAGUGAAUCAUUGAAGACUACCCAAGACAAGAAAAUGACAUCACAAAGGGAUGUGUUUGAGGUCUCAGGACCUGUACAUCUGACCUCAGUAAAUUGGAACUGCCUACAUUACCAAAGAUCAGUUGCAGCCAGUUUGGUUCAAGGUGCAUAUGUUCUAGAACGCGAUAGACAACAAAACCGUCAAGGUUCAGAAGCUCGUGCGCCUCCUUGGUGGGAAAGCUUCCAUUUUGAAGUAAUCCGUAAACUAAUUGAUGAUUCUGAUUUCUCCAUCUUUGGUGCCAUUUAUGAAUAUAGACCUCCUGUUAGCUUCCAAAAUUCGACAGUUAAUAAAGCUCCAAGAUUUGUGAUAGUCUUUCGAGGUACCAUCACAAAGAAAGAAUCUGUUUCUCGGGAUGUUAAACUGGAUUUACAUCUUCUCAGAAAUGGCCUCCAUCAGACAUCUCGGUUUGAAAUAGCAAUGCAGGCUGUUCGUGUCCUAGUUUCAGCUUUUGGACAUCAAAAUGUAUGGAUCGCCGGUCAUUCUCUGGGGGCAGCCAUGGUGACACUUGCUGGGAAAAUUAUGGCUAAGGAGAGUAUGAAUCUCAAGGCUUUUCUCUUCAAUCCACCAUUUUUCUCAGCACCAAUUGAGAGGAUAAAAGAUAAGAAGGUUAAGCAGGGAAUUCGCAUCGCAAGCAGCUUCAUAACUGCUGGACUCACUUUGGCCGUGAAAGGCCCCCAUCACAAGUCAGACUCAUUUACAAAGUUGUCAUCAUGGGUUCCGUAUCUUUUUGUAAACCAGGCUGACGACGUCUGCUCAUCAUAUGUGGGUUAUUUUGAUCAUCGCAACAAGAUGGAGGAAAUUGGAGCAGGAAAUAUUGGGAAGUUGGCAACACAGAACUCUGUCAAAGAUCUGUUUUUAAGCGCUUUUGGAAUGGAGUCAGAGUCAUUGCACCUCCUUCCAUCAGCAAAUCUGACUGUAAAUUCAAGUCCUGCUCCAGACUUCAAGCAUGCACAUGGUAUACACCAAUGGUGGAGGCCAGAUAUUGAUCUGCAAUCAAAAGUGUACCUUUAUGACUGAUAUAGAAGGGGAAGCAUGCAUUAUAAUCGAUGAAGCAGUGCACUUCAUCUUUCUCAGUGGUAGGGAAUAUGUGGUGUGAUGGGCUAGCAGAUCUUCUCAGGCGUUUGAUCCUUUAGUGAACAAUAAUAAUACGGUUAACAUGGAAGUGAUGAAGGUGUUUUCUGAAUGAGACUUUGAACCUAAGUUGCUCCGCAUCACUCAGGCUUUCAUGUCUUUCUCUGUUUGAAGAUUGUACUAUGUUACAAUUGGUGUCGAUGUCAUGGAGUGAUGCAAUCAAGAUGCACGAUCGUGAUGUUUUUUAGAUGUUGUUUUUAAAUGUUUUCGUGUGUUUUCUGAUAGACAGCUUGUAUGGGGUAUAAAGAUACUAUCAAUAGCAAUCUCUUCUUUGCCAGCAGUGUUUUUACUUUUUGUUUUUGUUCUGUAAAAGUCAAAAACAUUUUUGGCUGUGGUGGAUUCACAUGAAGGGGAACAUAGCUAAAACAGCAUUGUUUGUGUGUCA